UUAUACUGCCGUCCAAAUCCCACGACUGUUAUUUGUCCUAGAUUAGGUCCACCAAUAUGUAUGUUAUUCUUUUACUAAUAUUUUGUGUUUCCUGUGAAUUUGGACAAAUACACACUGGGGUGUCUAACCAGGAACUCCUACCUCGGGAAUGGAAUGAACUCGUAAUAUUUGUAAAUCAGAAAGUCGGCCAUUUUGAACGUCUGAUGAAUAUCAAAGACGGACACAUAGCUCAACUUAAAAGUGAACUACAGAACCAAAAUGUAGAGAUGAUGCAGUUAAAACAGGACGUGAGAUUACUUCAACUGGUGAAUUCUAAGCAUGCUGGAAUUCAAGGACAAACAACACCUACCUUAGAAUCGAAGUCGGACGUGUUCGCCAAUUUGGAGGACAUUAAUUCAUCGAAUCUGUUUACAUCACGUGAAAAUACACAUAGGACAAAAUUUAUCGUCAACGAAUCUCUUACAUCUGACAAACGCCACGACUACACAAAUACAUCGGCAGACGGUAUUUCUAUCCUUCAACGUGAAAACAUACAAAAUCCACACAUUGCACAACUCGGUACCCCUUCACUUGAUGACUAUAAACCACAAUGGACUUCCUCGAAGACGUUCCGCCAUCGCCGUGUUCAUUUGAAAGACACUGAGGUACAGGGAUUCCAACAAAAACGAGUAGCGACAGGACAGACGAUUGCCUUCCAUGCCUCGCUUUCACAUACUGUAGAUGCUAGUCCGCAUUCAACAGUUGUCUUUGACCAGGAACAGCUCGAUCAAGGAGACGGAUACAAUCCACUUGAUGGCAUCUACAGUGCCCCAGAGUCCGGAACCUACGUCAUUACUUGGACCCCAUGGCAGAUCGGCAUGCAUCAUUUCAGUCACAGCUGAUUGUAAAUGGCGUUGCACUAGGAAACUCGUUCACAGACGCAGACGAGGUUGGAGACUUGCACCAAACAUCUGCCACCACCGUACUGGCUCUCAGCAAGGGAGACCAUGUAUUUGUUCGUGUAGGUCACAUCGCGAGAGGUAAAAUAUCUACAGAAGUCUCAAAUCCAACAUUUUCGGGAUGGAAGACAAGUUAAGUUUCACAUUAAUAAAAACAAUGUUAUUAUUGGCAAAAUAGAAGUGCUUUAUUGUUUCUUAUGAACAUUUGUAAAAGAUGUUGUAAAGUUCCAAAUUCAUUCAAAAGGUGUGAUUGAUUGGGAAAUAAAGUGCUAUUUUUUAUUUUUUAUUUUUUUUUCACCGUUUAUCACAAACCUUGUCUGAGAAUGUGGCCCUGAAUUUAAACAGAAGUAUGAAUGCAGGAACUUAUCUAAAUAUUACAAUGCUUUCUUUCCUUUGAGCAAUUUUAAGUUAAGGGAUUUCCUUAAGUAAAGCAACAUUAAUGACGCUACAAUAGAACCAUAGGUCAGGUCUGAUGCACUAGGGAGACACUUGUCAUAAGGAAUGUAAGUAAGGAAACUGACAAGUAUAAUAGAGGUAUCCAAGGAGACACAAAAUUCAUAUCAGAUAUAACUACGGAGACACAAAAUUACCAGGUUUUACUGGUUGGAAAGAGAGAUUUAAGUGUGUCUCGAGGUUAAAAGUGCGCCUAUUUAGCGCAGACAAAUAUUAUUUGACUAAGGAGAAACCAGAAGCAUAAUAGAAUAGUUGCAAAGGGCGAUCUUCCAGAGGUGCAAAAGGCGAUUUAACAGGGAUGCAACGGACAACCUCUCCAGGAGUACAAAGGGCGUUCUUUCCAGGAGUUCAAAGCGCAAUCUUCAUGGGGUGAAAAGUGCGACUUUCCAGAGAUGCAGUGGUUGAUCUUUCAUAGAUGCAAAGAGCAAUCUUCCAGGAGUUCAAAGCGCGAUCUUCAAGUGGUGCAAAGGGCGACCUUCCAGAGAUGCAGUGGUUGAUCUUUCAAGGAUGCAAAGAGCACUCUUCCAGGGGCGCAAAGGGCGAUCUUCAAGUGGUGCAAAAAGUGAUAUAACAGAGAUACAAACGACGAUCUUACCAGGAGUGCGAAGGGCGACCUUUCAUGGAUGCAAAGCCCGAUCUUUAAAUGGGUGUAAAGGGCGGUCUUCCAGAGAUGCAAGUUGCGAUCUUCCAUAGAUGCAAAAAGCGAUCUACCUUGGGUGUAAAUGGUGGUAAAGGGCGAUCAUCCAGGAGUGCAAAGCGUGAGCUCCCAGGGGUGCAAAGAGCGAUCUUCCAUAGAUGCAAAAUGUGAUCUUUCAGGUGUGUAAAGGGCGAAAGUGAACGUUAUCCCUGGAGUCUCAAAGACGAUUAUGUACUGCUUAUUGUGUACAUUAUAUCUAAUGAAGUGGGCAAAUAUCCGAUUGAACAUAUCAGAACUCUUGAAGUAUCAUUAGUAUCAUCAAAAAGUCAUCAAAUCAGUAUAAUCGUUUGAAUUUGUCCGUUUAAUAUUGAGAGGGUAAUAUAUUGCUGAUUUGUAAUAAUACCAUGAACACUGAUAUUAGCUCUUAACAAAGAGACUAAAAUAUUUGCAACAUGUAUUGACCAAUCAGAAUGUUUCUUCCUUGUCACUGCAUUCAAAUCGUCUAAUAUGUUCCUAGACUGGAUUACCUGCCGUAGUUUUUCUACUCUCCGCUAGGCUUCGCAUCGAAAAUACAACUCAGUCUCAUGAGCGCAGCCUAGCGGAGAGAAAUAGUACUAAGGCAGGUAAAAUAAUCCAGUGUAAUUUUUUCUUAUGCAGAUGGGGAGACGACAGGAUAAGUAUUUGUUUUUGUAAAUAUUAUCCAUUUUAUUGUUCCUAAGCACAAACCAUUUUUACCCUCGCAUCGCACUCAUGGAAAACAUCGGUAAUAAGUUAUUUUUCAAAAUGUGUGUGUCAU